AAUGGGAAAUUAAUGUAAUCAUGUUGAAAUCAAUGACAAUGAAUUCAAAUCUGUUUAAAUUGAAGAUGAUUCUGAUUCAUUCUUAAUCUAAAAAUUUGAUCCAAAAAUCAAUCUUCUCAAAAACUCUGAUCUAAAAAAUAUACAAUCUCUUGAUUCAUUAAACAGUACAAAAACACAAUUUCAUGAUAAAGUUAAGAAGGUCCCUUUUAAUGUUAAAUUACAUCGCAAAAGAACAUUGCAUUAUGAAAGUAUCCAUGAUUCUCAAGCUUAAUCUCCAACAAAUUAAGUUUCUGAGUAUUUUGAAUAUCCAAAUGGUGUUUAUUAAGGUUAUUUAGUAGAUGGGAAAAGAGAAGGUUAGGGCUAGUUUUUUUAUCAUGAUGGAUCAUAUUUCAAAGGUGAUUGGAAAAAUGACAUGGCAAACGGUUUUGGAAAAAUUAAGUUUUAGGAAGGAGAAUAAUAUGAAGGAGAGUUCUUAAAUGAUUAACAACAUGGUUUUGGUAAGUACAUAUCGAAUUAGUUGAAAUAUGAAGGAUAAUGGAAGGAAAAUCUACCUUGCGGAAAUGGAAUUGAGAUUUAUAAUAAAUAUUACAUAUAUGAGGGAGAGUUUUAAAAUGGAUUGAAACAUGGAAAAGGUAAAAUUCAAUGGUACAAGGAUGAUUCAAGAUAUGAAGGAGAGUUUUGUGAAAAUCAAUUAAAUGGAAAAGGCAUUUACUAUUUUGGAGAUAAAGAAAUUUACGAAGGAUAAUUCAAAGAUGGGAAAAUGCAUGGAUAUGGAAAGUUUGAAUGGCCAAAUGGAAAAAUAUAUGAAGGAAAUUAUUAUUUAGGAAGAAAAUAAGGAUUUGGAAAGUUUACUGCACCUGAUAGAAUUUAUACAGGAGAAUGGUAUGAUGGAGUGUAUCAUGGAUAUGGAAAAUUAGAAAACAAAGACAAAGUAAUAGAAGGAUAUUGGGUAAAUGGAGUUUUCUAAAAAUGA